CGCGAGAGAGGGCAUCGGUGACUCUUGGAUGUUGUUAAAUUCCGCGAUAGAUACACCGCUAGUAAAUACAAAAACAACUUUAACUGUAAUGGUUGUGCUUUUAAUAAGAUGGAGGUAAUCGAGACAAUUGUGAUACAAAACUCCGAAGUGGAAGGAAAGGAAACGGUCGUGUCCAGUGUGGAUACGGAUAAAACAAAAGCAGAAUUUAUCUGGACAGUUCAGGCUACAUGGCAUCUAGUCAAUACCCGGCUUGAAAUGGAUCAGGCCUUUGACCAGCCAGUGUGCAAGAAAAAGAAACUCUGGGAAAUGGUUGCAGAGAAGGUCAAUGCCAAACUGAGGGAGUCAGAGGUCACUGAUGUCACUGUGAAGGCGUACGAAUGUGAUCUCAAGUGGAGAAACAUGCUGGCCACAUACAGAAAAAACGCAGAGAGGGCCAAGAGGUUGGGAGUGACCAGCGUCCACUGGGAGUUCUUCAAAGCUAUGCACGAAGUCCUGGGUAAGAGCAGGGAGGAGAUCGAAGCCCAGCGCAGGGCCAAACUCAGCGGGACCAAAGUAGGAAAAGCUAUAGCGAGCAAGAGGUUUACCCCUAUCCUCCCUACGCCUCCUGCAACAGCCGCUCCCUGCCCCACCAGGCCUCCGCAGGAUGUCCUGCAGCUGUACAUGGAGCUGCAGGAGAGGAAGAUGAACAUGUGGGCGCAGCAGAAAGCGCUGGAGGAGCGAAAAAUAGAGGCCAUCAACAACCUGGCCCAAGCCAUCUCCAGCCUGGCUCAGAAGAACAGCACACAGAUAUCAAAGGAUGGACAUUAG